AAAAAAAAAUCUUCAUGGCUGGAAGAAGUCGACAGUGAUCCGAGUGGCUAAGCUAAGGCUGGGUUGGGCUUCGGUCGGAGGGGAAGGUUCCGAAGUAGGCGGCCGAACCUCCAUAAGAGAUGGAACAUUCGCGUUAAUUAGCCUCCGAGAGAAAAAAAAAAAAGAACCGUCGGACCGAACAGAAGCCUCCUUCUUCUCCUUCUUCCUGCUCCUGUGUGGCGGUGACCGAACUGGUACCAUGGCAGCUACUUUGACGGCCGAGGAAGAACAGGCCACCAGGCAGUUCCUGGAAGAAAUCACCAAGUGGACCAAUCAGCACGGCGUCUCGCCGCUCUCCAGAGAAUUGGCCGUCAAGUUCCUCAUGGCCCGGAAGUUCGACGUCGUACGAGCCAUCGAACUGUUCCACAGCUACAGGGAAACGCGUCUCAAAGAAGGAAUAGUCAGACUUCAGCCUCAGGAAGAACCUCUGCGAUCCGAGCUGCUCAGUGGAAAGUUCACCGUGCUGAGUGUACGGGAUCCAUCGGGAGCCUCCAUUGCUUUGUACACUGCGAAACUUCAUCACCCAAACAAGACGGGCAACCACGUCGUUCUGCAGGCACUCUUCUACCUCCUGGAUCGCGCAGUGGAGAGCUUUGAGACGCAGAGGAACGGCUUGGUGUUCAUAUAUGAUAUGGCCGGUUCCAACUACACAAACUUUGAGCUGGACUUGAGCAAGAAGAUCCUUAACUUACUGAAGGGGGCGUUCCCCGCCAGGCUGAAGAAAGUUUUGAUCGUUGGGGCCCCGGUGUGGUUUCGCGUGCCCUACAACCUGCUCAGUCUGCUACUGAAGGAGAAACUUCGGGAGAGGGUCCAGAUGGUAAAGAUGGCUGAUCUGCGCCAGCACCUCCCAAGGGACUGCCUGCCCCAGCACCUCGGUGGCCUUCUCCCCCUGGACGCCUUCAGCUGGAACCAGCAGCUUCUGGCGGGCCAGAACGGCCGCGUGGACCCCGUGGACGAGUUGGUGGGCAUCCCCCUGGAGGACUCGUCCAUUCACGUCCCAGGACCCGAAUCCAUGCGCCCGCAGGAGCUGCUGACGCACCUCGGCAGGCUUCAGCGCUCCGGCAUCCACCUGGAGUACGAGGAGCUCCGGAAAGAAGCGCCGCCGGGAACCUUCCAUUGUGCACAAGCAGUCUACAAUCUGGAAAGGAAUCGAUACGGAGACGUUCUGUGCCUUGAUCAAACAAGAGUCCGCCUGAAACCCAGGAGGAACGAGAGAUCGGACUACAUCAACGCCAGCUUUUUGGAUGGCUAUAAACAGAAGAAUGCAUACAUCGGUACUCAAGGCCCACUGGAAAAGACCUACGUUGACUUCUGGAGAAUGGUUUGGGAACAAAACGUGCUUGUCGUCGUCAUGACUACCAGGACAGAGGAGGGCAGUCGGAAAAAGUGCGGACAGUACUGGCCUCUGGUCCAAGGCGGGCAGGAGGUCUACGGCCACAUAGCGGUGGUGAAUCAGAGGGUGGACCACCACACCCACUACAACCACACCACCCUCGAGCUGCACAACACUGAGACGUGCGAAGAGAGGCAAGUGAGUCACUUCCAGUACCUCAGCUGGCCCGACUACGGCGUCCCGACCUCGGCGGUGACCCUCAUUGACUUCCUGGCGGCCGUCAAGAGACAGCAGUGGAAUAUGAGCAAGGCUUUGGGGCCUCAGUGGACAGGACACCUGCAGGGACCCCCCAUGGUGGUCCACUGUAGCGCGGGGAUCGGGAGGACAGGUACCUUCUGCGCCCUCGACAUCUGCCUGUCCCAGCUCCAAGACGUGGGCUCGCUGAACGUGUGCCAGACGGUGCGGCGCAUGAGAACCCAGAGGGCCUUCAGUAUCCAAACCCCGGACCAGUACUACUUCUGCUACAACGCCAUUUUGGAGCACGCCCAAAGGCAAGGGCUGCUCCCUGCCAAUCAGUGAGCUCCGGGUCGGUCCUCACACCCCUAAGCCUUGAUUAUGCCGGCACCACCCAGAAUUCUGCUGUUCGCCCCGAGACACGUCUUGGCAAAUGCUGUCCUUUUCUUUCCUGCGACCAUUUGUCAGCAUGUGGCAUGUCCAGCAAACAGGUGGUGAGUGGACACGCUGCUGUUGUUUUUGGAUCUCAUUGCAUGGCAGUCAACGGAGAGGUGGGGGAGGGGAGAAAAAAUGUUUAGCGCUAAUAACGACGCCUACACAAAUACGACUAUUUGGGAAAUUUUAAAUAUUGCUUUUAAUUAUAUGCGAGAAUAAUCGACACGCCCUCAAAAUAGUUUGAUUUUUAUCCACUCCUCUCCAAAAGCAUGAGAACGGCAAGGUCAAUUCCUUUUUGUUUUUUGUUGUCUACUGAAAAUAUUUGUGUUUAAGAUCAAAAGUAUGAAUGUUCGGAAUUCCAUCUUUUAUUUCAUGUGUUAAAUAACUCAGGACAGAGCAUCUUUUGUUUCAAGUCAGCAAAUGUAUUGGAACUUGUGACUGGCGCGCGUUUCUACUCGCUCUGGUUUGGCCGUUUCGAUUACUUCGACAUGAGCGAGUGCUCGUUUUGGGCUUUGCGUUUCACCUGUGAAAACUGCAUUUGCUGUGACGCAAACAUGAGCAGAGAGCUGACGAUGUCACCGUUCCAAUACUUAUGGAGGGGACUGCAUAUUUAUAAUUGAAAUCAUACUUAGACCACAAAGUACGACCCCCCCCCCCCCCAAACUCAACUUUACUCUCAAAAUUAAAUGGCUUACAUACACAUGCACUCACUUCAGCUAACAACCCAGGCUGAACCUAGCGCCUCCCCUCCAUACAAAUAUGAAUCUCUGUCGAGAUCUAUCACUUAAGCAUACUUCCUUGACACUAAUUAAUACUUCCCCCCAAACAUGGUGACAUUAACACUCUGGCUACAUCUUUUAGCUUCUGAGGGCGGUACAGAACGUGCACAAAACUAUGCCGAGAGCUACGAAUAGCUGAGGAGCCACAAAAAAGAAACAUGAAUACCGUAAUUCCCAGCCGACAGAGCGCACCUGGUUAUUAGCCUCACCGAGUACGUUUGUAAAGGAAAUACCAUUUGGUACAAACAUACGCUGCGGUUGUGUAAAAGCCGCAAGUGGCCACAUUGAAACACGAGAUAUUUACAAAGAAAGAUGGUACACGGAAAGAGUUUAACGCUAGCGCUAAUGCCGCGCUAACGCUAGCGCCGUGCUAAAGCUAGCGCUAACGCUAACAGGGCCGGUUCAAAUAAAACUUACCGGUAAAUAUCACUGAGACACGCCAGUAACAACAGCAGCAACACGCUAGCACAGUGCUAAUGCUAGCGCCGUGCUAAGGCUAGCGCUAACGCUAGCCCUGUGCUAAAGCUAGCACUAACGCUAACGGGGCCGGUUAAAAUAAAACCGGUAAAUAUCACUGAGACACACGAGUAACACAGCAGCAACAAGCGAGCACAGUGCUAACGCUUUCGCCGUGCUAAAGUUAGCGCUAAUGCCGCGCUAACGCUAGCACUGUACUAAAGCUAGCGCUGACUAACAGGGCCGGUUAAAAUGAAACUUAUUGGUAAAUAUCACUGAGUCAUGCCAGUAACACAGCAGCAACACGCUAGCACAGUGCUAACGCUAGCGCAGCGCUAACAAGGCCGAUAAAAGUCAAUUCCUCGGCACAUAUAUUCCACCGGUCUCACUCUUACCUUUUUCCAUUUGAGUGCCUCCCCUGCGGCUGUUAGAAAAAAACGCACACAUUAGCCGCAUCACCGUGGUUGAAAGCGUGUGGGGGAAAAAAUUGCGGCUUGUAGGCUGGAAAUUACGGUCGUCAAUAAAUAAAUGCCCGUUUCACUGUAUAUGUGGCUUUUUUGGGGGGGUUGGUGAUUGAAACAUCCCUUUAAACAAAUGCACAGAUUUCUUCAGGCGGGGACACAUAGCCGCAAAGUUGCCUGCCGUCUUUGCCUCACAGAUUGAAGUAAUUAAAAAUAAAAAAAAUUAAAGCACAAGUUGGAUGUCAAAGUAGCUCGUACGAGUUAGCAAAAGACCGCACGUGCCACUCUCCCGUCUGUGUCGCGCAACAAGACGACACACAAUGACACGACCAAUCCAUUCUCACAUUUUCAUCACGCAUUCCUUCCAUUAGCCUUAUUGGGGUCUGGACUGGUUGCCACCAUCAUGUUACUGAAAGAAAAAUCAUCGCAAGCGCGGGAGAACGUGCAAACUUUCACACACACACGCAACAAAAACAACCCGGAUUCAAACUCCCGACCUCAGUUGCGCGGCGCCGCCCGUUACACUUGACCUCCGCUAUCAAAGGACAUUCCAAGGAAAACCAUGUGUUGGUGACCACCGAAGCUCUGUCGGAUCAGAUGAGACCUCAGGAGUGGUGCAAUAUUUUCUUCUUUUAUACACGCACGCAAAGAAAUAUUAGGGCCACACUGAAAACAAGAGAAAAUUAUGUUGUGAUGAUAAAGUUGCUUAAGGUUGGCGGUGGAAAUAUAUUUUUUUUUAUCAUGACUAAAGUCAUUACAAGCGAGGACUCUGAAAAUGACCACAUAAUGUAAAAAUACUAAUUAUAAUAAUAAUCCUCAUAAUAUUAUAGCUUCUCUUAAAACUUAUUAGUUCCUUGUAAUAUUUUGACUUUGUUCUCUUAAAAUCGCUUAUUCUCCUCCAAAGAUCAUAAUUUGUUUGAAAUAUUUUGACUUACGUUUCUGUAAUUUUUGUAACUUGCUUUUUCUGGCAAAUUACGACUUGGUCAAAUUAAGAUUUUUUUUUUGUUUUUGUAUUAUUUCAGAUCAAUACUGAAGCCGUUUAUUUCAAUAAAUAUUACUGCUUUUCGUACAAUCAUGGUUUCUAAAAAUGGUGACUUAUGUUAGACUUAUUUCCAAAUGUAAAUUUUAUUCUAUGCCAAGUUUUUUUUUCUGAAUAGUUCCCAUUUUCUUUAUCGCUUGACUUGUCUCCAUAUUAAAAUUUCAUUCCCGUGAAUUAUUUUUUUUGUAAUACGCCAUUAAACAAAACUUAUUUCCAUGAAAUUCCAGGAUUUUAGUCAUAUUCCAACAGAUUGUUGUUCUUAUUUUGAUGACUUCUUUGUUUUUUUUUUUAAACACCCCCAAAAAUCUGAGAUGAGCUCUCGCGACACGGUGGAUCAGUUGGAGAGCAUUGGCCUCACAGUUCUGAGGUCCCGGGUUCAAUCCCGGACCCACCUGUGUGGAGUUUGCGUGUUCUCCCCGUGCCUGUGUGGGUUUUUUUUCCAGGCAUUCCGGUUUUCUCCCACAUGCUAAAAACAUGCAACAUUAAUUGGACACUCUAAAUUGCCCCUAGGUGUGAUUGUGACUUUGAGUGUUUGUCUCAAUGUGACCUGUGAUUGGCUGGCAACUGGUUCAGGGUGCACCCUGCCUCCUGCCCGUUGACAGCUGGGAUAGGCUCCAACACUCCCGCUGCCCUUGUGAGGAUGAGCAGCUAAGAAAAUGGAUGGACGGAUGUUGAGAACAGCUGCUAUUGGCUGGCAAACAGUUUAGGGUGUACCCCGCCUCCUGCCCGUUGACGACUGGGAUAGGCUCCAGCGCUCCGCGUGACCUUUGUGAGGAUAAGCGGCUGAGAAAAUGAAUGAAUGGAUGGAUAGAUUAGGUCUAAAGUAUGAUUCAGUUUUAUUCUCAUGAACUUUUGAUGAAACAUUCAUAAAAUGAUGAUUGAAUGUGGCUAUUCCCACAGCAACCUAGACUUUUGUUUCUCUCAACAUUACAGAUUCUGAUAAAAUUUCAAAAACAUUUCUCCCUACUGAUGUUUAAUUUAAAAAAAUUUCCCCUUGUGAAAUUACAAUUUUAAGAUCAUGAAUUUGGAUUUUUGUCUCUCACGAUAAUUCCAUUUUUCUUAAAGUCCAAUUAAAUGCGACAUAAUUAAUCUUGGGAAUUUUACAACAGAAAUGUUCACUUUGUCUUACAACUUCAAACGUUUUCCUUUUUUAAAAAUGUUUUAUUUUUGCUUCGUCAGUGUGGCCCUAAUAUCGCAUCCCUCUCUCGCACCCGCACGUCACGUCUUCGCACUUUUUUCACGAAAGGCCCCCACGAUGCUCGGAAAUGUCAGCGGCGAUGUCUGUAGAGAUAAUAUAAAUAUGAACCAUUUAUUGACCUCGAGGGUCUCCAAGAACGCACACGUGUGCCUACUUAAGUCCCGAGUGAUGGGUGACCUACUUUACAGAAAAAAAUAUUAAAAAAAAAUGGACAAAAAAUGUGCAUGUUGGUUUUUCGUUCCAGACUGUGGUUGUAAAAUGUGUGCUUUCAACUGGCCGUGUUGUUUUUAAGUACUGUAUAUAUGUAUGUACAAUAUCAGAGUACUGUAUACUGUAUGUGUGUCAUGCACCAUGUUGUUGCCGGGUCAAGAACUGUUUAUUUUAUUUUUAUUUCUUUUGUUGUUGUUGUUGACUACAGAAUUCAUAUUGAAUUUACUUGUAGCGAAGCAUUUUUACGUCAGCCAUGUUCAUGAGUUAUCCCCCCCCCACCCCCGCCAGCCCCAAAAGCUGAACUGUGGCCUCUUUUUAUUUUUCUAUGAUAUUCAACCGCUCUUUUCAUACAGGAUAUACACUUAUCUACAUUAAUUUUAUAUAUGUUCUGUUAUAACCUAUUACUGUAUCAUUGUGAAUACUGAAUUAAGCUAUACUGUAAUAAAUACAA